AUGCUGGACCGGCCGGAGCUCCCCGCCUCCCUCAUGAAUUGCGAAAGCCCCGAAAGCCCCCAGCGUUUCGCCUGGCAAGUAUGUGCCACUCUAGCCGACGAUGCCGAGAGAUUAAGCAUCAGGGAGGAUGCAGUGGUGAAAGCUGAGGCUCAUGCUGCCAAGCUGAUAAACUGCCUGGAAGAGCACAUCGAUGAUCAGCAUACAGAUUCGAGAAAUGUGAUUCAAUCCAUUAUCAACAGCCUAUUUUCAAUCCGGGGAGAACACAGGGCCUUCGAGAUGCUCGUGGGGGUCGCUGGAGCCACGGGCGCAGGGAAAUCGUCAAUGCUCAAUGCUCUUUUGGGAUUUCGUGAAGUAUUCCCUUCAGGACAUCAAGGGGCAGCUACCGCGGUGCCAUGCAAAGUGUCAUGGAACUUUGACAACCGCCCCGGCUACAAGUGCAUUGCUAAUAUUUACUUCCAAUCCAAAGAGGAGAUUAUCAAGACUCCUGAGAUUCUUGUUGAAGCAUUUAUCGCCCGGGACAAUCCAGACGAGACUUCGUUUCAGAGCGAUAAAGAAAAAGAGGAUAAUCUUGAACAGAUGCAAAGCAAGGGCAUGGAAAAGGUCCGAGCUUUAUGGAAGCUCGAAGAAAAAGAUGUGCAGGAAAUCAUCGACGACGCGGGCUCAGAAAUCACAUACAGCGCAAGGCUCAUCUUCAAUAGUAACCCCGCGGUUGGUGAACUUUUGAAGUUAUCGAUGAAGACUAUCCACGCAUCCACCCCCGAGGAGCUGGCAGGCAUGACCAAACCGUACCUUGAUUCGACCGAGGCCACUCAUGGGAGUGGCACAAACUUUGCUGCUUGGCCACUUGUCAAAGAGGUCAGGUUAUUCUUGAGAAGUGAAAUUCUCAAAAAUGGAAUAUGCUUGGUCGACCUCCCUGGACAGGGAGAGAUGGAGGCGAGCAGGGCAGAGGUCGCUCAAAAGUAUUCAGACAAGAUCGACGUUACUAUGAUCGUCGCUCCAGUUCAUCGGGCUGCCGAUGAGCGUAUAGCGCAGAAGCUUCUGUCCAAGUUUCAUUCACUGCAAAUGCAGAUGGAUGGACGGUUCAACAAAGAAAAGUUCUCCGUUAUUCUUUCUAAAACUGAUCAAAUCGAAGCCGAUGAUUAUACAAACUUAUACGCAAAGGACAAAGAAGUGCAGCGCUUGAAGGAGGCGAUUCAAAUUGCCCGACAGGAAAAGAGGAACAGACCCAACAAUCGAAGACAAAGGAAGUUGCAAUCACGGGCCAAAUCUCUGAUGAGAUAUUUCGAGAGAAUUUCUCUUAAAAAUAUGAAGAAUAGGAAAGAGGAAAAGGAUCUAAUCAUUGACCAGAAGCCGAAGAAGACAGCAUCGCGGGAGGAGAGUAUGAAGUUUAACUCAUCUUUUAACAAUAAGUUGCACGCGAAAGCAUUGUUGAGGAAAAUCAAGGCAUGGAAAGACCGUGCCAAGAAAACCAAUAAACAAGCGGACUUUGAGAUUCAGAGGCUUGAUCACCAACUGACCCAUUGGGCCAUCUGGAAUAGAAACCGCCUUGUGGGUGAGCGUAUAGAGGAAAGCUUCCAGAGGCAGAGGACAGGUAACUCUCAGGGGCCCAGUGUCUCGAGAAAUGGGACGUUGGGAGUUACAGUCCUAGGAAUUAGCUCAACUGCAUUCUGGCAGCUCCAAAAUCUAAAAGGGGCAAGACUCGGGUUUCCCCGAGAGUCUUUCACUGGGAUCCCCAGGGUAGCGCAAUGGAUGCAUAAGGCUAUAUCCGGGUCUAGAGAGAAGCACCUUCUUUUGAUAUUGAACAAAUACCUUGUCAUCUUCAACAAGCUGCAGGCAUGGACGAAAAAUCCGGAGAAGUCAGAUCCGGUUAUGAACCAUGCUGAGAUUGAAGCUCGACUUUACAAAUCUCACCAGAAUUGUUUGAAAGAUCUGGAGAGUGUCUUCGACACUUUAUGCAAGAAAAUUGAAGAGUUUGACACUCUCAAAGAGAUCAACCCAAUCAAAUUUAAAUUUAAGAGGGAGAGCCAAUAUAUCACUGAAUCCUGGUCUUGGAAAGACCCAAAGUGCCCCAAUCGGCAGAAAAUAUGCUGGUCAACUUACAGAGCGAUAGUUUCUCGGCAGGGGUAUUGGAAGCACCCCAGCGGUAUUGAAUACAAUUGGAUUUUGGAUUUGGCGACACCUCUGCUCGAAACUCUGAAAGAAAACUGGCAGGGAGUCUCCGAGGAAUCAUUAUUGAGGCUACGAAAUGACGUUGAGACUAAAAUCAUCGACGCUUGGAAGAGUGAUGCAGUCGGCAAAAGUGAUUGGAAGCUUAGAGAAGAGUUCAUCAGCAUCUUCCCUGAAAUGGCGGCAAUUGGCACUAGUCUCUGCAGUCAAAUGAGCUCCCUAUUAGACGACUUUGCCAAAAGGGUCAAUGGCUUACAUUCUUUGAUCGUUCCAAGUAUAGAGAACGCGCUCAGGCCCGUCUUUAACGAGGCUCUGCAAUACCAAGGCCCUAGAUCGCACGCCAAGCGCCAAAACUUUUUGGCAGAAAACGUUCCUUUGCAGUGUGAACGUUUAGUUCCAAGGCUGUGCCAAAGCAUGCGAUAUGCGUUUCAUGAGAGCCUGGGAGAGGUCAAAAGAGUCUCCAUGAAGAAAACCCUUGAGGCGAUUGAAGAGGCCAAGACCCAGGUCAACAUCCACGCCAGAGUUCUGUCUAACAACGGGCUAUCGGCAGGCGAGUUGAGUGAAAGUUGCCAAGGGAUCUUAGGGGCGUGGCUGGAAUCACCAGACAAAGACUUGGAUCACAUCCUGAAGCAAGACGCCUCAAUCCCCGAGAAAGUAACCAUUGGGCAUAUAAUGAGCAUGGAGGAAGCUCAUAGGUAUUUAUUCGGUGAUGGGUCGAUGGCUCAAACGGACACAGAGGAGAGUGAGAGCGAAAGCGACAAUGACAGCGACAAGGACAAGGACAACACUGGUAGCGAGAAGAAUCAGGAUGAGGAGAUGUCGCUUGGGGACGACGUCUCGAUACAAGACCUGGAAACGGAACUGAGAAACUUGGAGAAGCAGCGAAAGAAAAGCUAA